AUGGCCCAGCUGGUGGGCGCUAGCUGCUCUGCUGGUGAGCGCGUUGUCCUCGUCUGCAUCCUGAUGGUGGAAGCGGGUUCCAAGGCCGCUUCCAGUGAUGGACGUGAUUCCGGAAGAGUCGUCGGAAUGAAGUCGUCAGAGAUGGGAGAAAGCGGGUUCCAAAGCCGCUUUCAGGCGUGGAGUCGGCGGAUGCGGGUUCCAAGGCCGCUGGUUCCGGGCAAAGUUAAUGGCGAAGAAACGAGCGCCUGA